CUCUCUCUCUCUCUCUCUCUCGCCCCCUCACCCGUACACUAACUACACUACAACCUGCCUCAGACGACGCCCCACAGCCCAUGAGAUUUGCGCCGAGAGCAGAGCCACCUCCGCCGUGCGUCCUUUUCGCUCGACGGGAAAACCAUCGGGGUCCUGCUCUUGUCGGGCUGUGCGCGCAAGCUGCCCGCGGCAUCUCCUCGGCAAUAACAGACGGAGUGCCAGCCAGAGUAAGGAGAAGGGGAGGAGGAGGAGGAAGAGGAGGAGGAGGAGAGGAAGGGGUGGCAGAGUAUUCCGAAUUGACGCUCAGAAAUAAACAAGAAGACACCCUGUGCGGAAGACGUCUGCGGCGGGAAGCGAACGGCAACUGAGAUGGCUGAGGUGUCACAAGAGGAGAGACUCCAGGCCAUCGCUGAGAAAAGGAAGAAGCAGACAGAGAUUGAAAACAAGAGGAGGCAGCUGGAUGAUGAUCGACGGCAACUCCAGCAUCUCAAGUCAAAGGCACUGAGAGAGCGCUGGUUGUUAGAUGGGGCUCCAGCCGAGGAGGAGACCCAGAAGCGUCUGCAGGAGGACGAGGUGAAGACCAAACUUCUGGAGCAGGUCAUCCUCAGGCUGGAGCAAGAGAUUGAAGAACUGGAGACAGGCGCCCCAGCCGAUAAGGGUGUGGCCAAAGAAAAUGGAGGUGAAAAUGGAGUAGUGCAGACCUCUGGUCAGACCCCCAAGAGAGAGGUGACAGGGAUUGAGGCCAAGCUGCUGGGUCCCAGUCCUGACCAAGCUAGCGCAGACAACCCCGUCACCCUGGUGUUCAUGGGCUACAAGACCGUUGAAGAGGAGCAGGAGACCCGCACAGCCCUGGGAAUGGAAGGGGUGGACGGCAACGUAAAGGCUGAGUUUGUUGUGAUCGAGGAUGGGGAGGGGAAAGCGGGAGGAGAGGCAGCCACAGAAGAGCAGGCUCCACCCAACGGGAGCAUGGCAGAGAAAGAAAAGGUUGAUGGAGGUGGGGAGGAAGGAGAGAAGGAAAAGGAGAAGAAACAGACCUGCAAAUGCUGCACGGUCAUGUGAGCUGUGUGUGUGCGCACAUGUGAGUGUGGGUGUGUCUGUGUCUGUGUGUGUGUGUGUGUGUGCGUGUACGGUAUGUGUGUGGAUGAGUACACACCUGCAACUGUGCAGGCAUGUGUGCCAUUGCAUGUGUCUGUGCUUGCAGAUGUGUGGAACUUUGUGCGUGCAUGUGUGUGUGUGUUUGUGUGUGUGUGUGUGUUGGCGAGCGUGCGUCAGGACUGGAAAAAAACAAAAAAACCGAAGUACACGGCCAAUAUACCAACAAUGAGAGCCAAUACAAGCUCCAGCUACAACAAGAACCACAAAGACUCAUAACUACACUUUACUCUGUAUACUUUCUCCGAUAUGUAUUUGACUUUUGAUUUCUAUCGAUAUUUUUCUAUUUUUCUGUCUUGACAUUUAUAUUGUAUUCAGUAUGUAUAUCUUUAUUAUGGGACUGUGUACUGUAAGUUCAUUGUUAUUGUUGGAAAAAAAAGAAAAUGUAUUAGCUCUCUGGAUUGUACUGCUACCCACUGGGGGAAAUCUGGAAUCGACAUCAUUUUAGUCAAAACAGUAAAACUAUGAAGGACACAGAUACUUAAAAUUAUAUAUUUCUCUGUGUAGGCCUACCAACUAUUUAUCAGUCAAUUUCAUAUUACAAUAUUGUCUAAGAUAUUAUUUUAAAUAGUAUUUUAAUAUAUUGAUAUGAAAUUAUGUUUUAUACUAUGUAUUUAUUGUUUUUGGUUCUCUAUAUCAUCUCCAACCAUUAACUGCAUGUAAGCUUGUAAGCACUACCAGAUUCACAUUACAAUCAUUACAGGUGUCUGUGCUUUCUUAGUCUCACAUGUGCUCAUAUCUUUAGUUACACAAGUCUUUCUAUCAGUAACAGUAAUUAUAAUUUCCAGUCUUAGAGAUAUGCAUUUGGUUUUAAAAGAAAUCUACAGUACAGAGACAAGAGGAAAACCAGAACACUCCCCCUGUUGCAAACUGCAUUAGCUUCUCAUAGAUGCUGUAUGACACGUGUACAUGAUCACAGCUUUUGUAUUUUUUUAAAUAAGAUGGAUACACUUACUUUAUGAUCAGUAGAGUCACAACGAAACCAUUGCACAAUGAUUAGAAAUGCUUAAAUGAUUUUGCUCUCUCAACAGUCGAAGCAAUGUAAAUCUUAUGAGGUAGCACUGCAUGAAGCCUUUCAACAUUUUUGACUGUCUUGUCACUUGUUAGGUCUCUAUUAUACGCUAUCAUGUUCACAUGAAUGUAAAUCCAGGGGUUAAAUUGGGAUAUGUUCUACCAUAAUAAGAAGAGGUGGGCUUGCUCAGCUCACCGUAAAAAAAAAAAGAAAAGGAAAGAAAAAAAAAAGGUUUUUGUCUCUUUAUGUACCAAAUAAAAUCUGAUGAUUCUGUG